AUGCGAAUUGCAUCUUGGGGUCCAAUUGUUCGCGUGAGGCGAGCUACAUGUGUUUUCAUUGGGAAGGACACCAUUGACGAGCAUGCUGCAAGAUGCAGCCCCUUCGAGGACAGAGUCGUAUACGAAAGCUUCGACCAGGUCCAGGUUGAGUCCAAUCACCACAAGAUUGAUAAGUUUGCGGCACCGCAUACGAGGCUAUUUUGA